AUCAUGUAGUGAAAAUAUUGCUUUUUUGACAGUUAAAUUAAAAAAAUUGAAUUUCUUUGAAUUUCGUUUAAUUUUUAUUGAAAAGAACGAUGGAUUUGCUUGGUUCUAUAAUGAGUUCAAUGGAGAAACCACCCUCACUUACAGAGAAAGAAAAACUACUGAUCAAGAAACGAAAGGAAGAAAUAGAAAGACGACAAGCUGCAGAAAAGGAGAAUCUCAAAAAGUUUAAAGAUAAAGUCGAAAUGCAAUUAACGAGUUAUUUUAAAAACAAAGAGAAUUUGAGUUUGAAAUUUGCGCCUCUCGACCAUGUAUACAGAAGCAUUAUACAUGAUGUCGCCGAAGCGGCAGGUUUCCUAACGUACGCCUUCGGUGUAGAUGGUGUUGAUAGAUACAUCCGUGUGUAUAGAAAAGAGAAUGCCCCAUGCGAAGACGAACUAGCUGCACGACGGAGGGGAGAUCCUUGGAACGACGCUAUCAAGCAGAAUCUAAUCAAACAAAGGGAACGUGAAAGAGUGUCAGAACAAGAGGAGUUAAAACGCAAACCAGAAAAAUUUACUCCCACUUCUAAUUAUAAAGAUAAAUAUGCCCAUCUCAUUGGCCAUGAUGCCGCCUUAAAAGCAGCACGGAAAACAGAAACAAACAAAAGUUAUGGAUUCGUGCCCAGUGAAAAUAAGAAAGAUGUACGCUCUAUUGAGCAAACUAUGGCAGAUAUACGAGCGAAGAAGAGGUUGAAAACCACCCACGAUUUGGAUGACGAUUGCGGUUCAUCAGAAAUUACCGAGAAAUGAUGCGCUGCUCUUAUUUAAAACAUAUAAAUGUAACGGGUAUAAGCUCAUAACUACAACAUAUGCGAUGGUUAAUUUUUAGAAACCAAUGGUUUAAUUUUGCGUAAUUAUAAUGAUAUUUUGUUCGUUGACAUUAGUAGUUAAACAAUUCUAAGUUAUGAUAGUGUACAUUAUGUAAUUAAUGGAUUGUGAUUUUUAAAACGGAACUUGUUU